AGCCGGAAAGAAAGAACAACAAAUGAAUGAAAUAUACAUUCUGGAUUCUCAAGAUGCCAGAAAGAAAGAACAACAAAUGAAUGAUAUAUACGUUCUGGAUUCUCAAGAUGCCAGAAAAAAAGACCAACGAAUGAAUGAUAUAUAUGUUCUGGAUUCUCAAGACGCCAGAAAGAAAGAACAACAAAUGAAUAAUAUAUACGUUCCGAAUUCUCAAGAUGCUAGAAAGAAAGAACAACAAAUAAAUGAUAUAUACGUUCCGGAUUCUCAAGAC